GUCAUUGCGAUCCUAUUAGCACUGUCGCCUUUAGUUCUAUGUGAAUUAGAGGAACAAGAAAUGAAGUGCAUCGUGGGAUUUUUAAGAAUGAAUGAUGUUCAUGAAGAAUUACUUGAUUCAGUUGAAUCAUCACCAAAUUCGACCCUGUGUGACCAAAUCAUCAACUCUCAAUUAAAUGAAAUGCAUGAAAAAAUGGGAUUAAACAAAGUAUCAGAAGAAAACGCAGUUAAAUGCGCCAAGAGAAGCAUUGAAGAAAGUGGUGUAAAGAAAUUGUAUUUGCUGACUACUGCAGUUGGGAAUUUUGAGGUAGGUUGGAAGAUAUGGAAGCUUAGUUCACAGCAAAAACGAUAUUCCCAGCUAGGAGAUACUUUGAACAAAGCCAUAAAAGCUAUUGAGAGUAAAUGUAACGAGGAAAUGAUAAAAGAAAAUAUUGGAGCUGGAUUUGAUAAAUCAAUUUAUAAUCGAGUGGAAAACUACAGAGGUGAUCAGGAAUAUUGUAUUCGUAAACAUUUAGUUGUUAGAGGAGUUUUGGAUCAAUUUGCUUAUAAUUUAAUCCUAAAUCCAAAAGGAAUAAAUGAGAACCUUGUUGAUUGCGCCACUAUUGUAUCAAACAUUGUAGAAAACAGCUACAGAAAAAUGAAAUUUUCACAAUGCGAAAUUGAUGAAUUUCGUAGAAGAAAUUAUAUUGAAUACGAUUUAAAAAUUGAAUAUGUUUUACCAAAUUUAUAUUUAACUCCACAUGAGAUCGCGAAGGAGAAAAGAGAUUACAUUGAAACUGUCUACAAAAUUCGCUCUGAUGCUAAAGCUUUAUGCAAGGAAUUAUUAUUUUAAUAAUUCAAAAGUUAAAUAUUUUACUCAUUUUAUAUUUUAUAUUACAAAGGUUAAUGAAAAAUGUUCUA